AUGGCUGCCCCUUCUGCCGCUGCUGUCGAUCAGCUCGCUCACGAGCUUGGCAACGCCUCGCUCAACGGUAGCGAUGCCCCUGCCGCUCCUGCCAUCAACACCAACGUCUCUGGCGAGGCUGGUGAUGAGCUUGACACUGCUGGCCCCACUCCCAGCUCGGCCGCUCCCCACCCUCAGGCGUCCGCCUCUCUCUACGUCGGCGAGCUUGACCCCUCAGUCACCGAGGCUAUGCUCUUCGAGCUUUUCUCCCAGAUUGGAUCCGUCGCCUCGAUCCGCGUUUGCCGUGAUGCCGUCACGCGACGAUCUCUCGGAUACGCCUAUGUCAACUACAACUCCACCAGCGAUGGUGAGAAGGCUCUCGAGGAGCUCAACUACACCACCAUCAAGGAUCGCCCUUGCCGCAUCAUGUGGUCCCAGCGUGACCCCGCUCUCCGAAAGACGGGCCAGGGCAACGUUUUCAUCAAGAACCUCGAUGUCGCCAUCGACAACAAGGCUCUCCACGACACCUUUGCUGCUUUCGGCAACAUCUUGAGCUGCAAGGUCGCUCAGGACGAGAACGGCGUCUCCAAGGGUUACGGUUUCGUCCACUACGAAACCGAUGAGGCUGCCGCGCAGGCCAUCAAGCACGUUAACGGUAUGCUUCUCAACGAGAAGAAGGUUUACGUCGGCUACCACAUUCCCAAGAAGGAUCGCCAGAGCAAGUUUGAGGAGAUGAAGGCCAACUUCACCAACGUCUACGUCAAGAACAUCAACACCGAUGCCACCGACGAGGAGUUCCGCGAACUCUUCGCCAAGUACGGUGACAUUACCUCGUCCACUCUCGCCCGCGACCAGGAGGGCAAGAGCCGCGGCUUCGGUUUCGUCAACUUCACCACCCACGAGAGCGCCGCCAAGGCCGUCGAGGAGCUCAACGGCAAGGACUUCCACGGCCAGGAGCUCUUCGUUGGCCGGGCCCAGAAGAAGCACGAGCGUGAGGAGGAGCUCCGCAAGUCCUACGAGGCUGCUCGCCUGGAGAAGGCCAACAAGUACCAGGGUGUCAACCUCUAUAUCAAGAACCUCGAUGACGACGUUGACGAUGACAAGCUUAGGCAGAUGUUUGCCGAUUUCGGUCCCAUCACCUCCGCCAAGGUCAUGCGUGACCAGGCUCCUGAGGCUCCCGAGGCGGACGCUGAGGGCAAGGAUAAGGAGAACAACAAGGAGGCCGCCACCAAGGAAGGCGAGGAGGCUGCUGCCCCCGCCGAGGGUGAGAAGAAGAAGUCCGAGAAGAAGCUCGGAAAGAGCAAGGGCUUCGGUUUCGUCUGCUUCAGCAACCCCGAAGAUGCCACCAAGGCUGUUGCCGAGAUGAACCAGAGGAUGAUCAACGGCAAGCCCCUCUACGUGGCUUUGGCUCAACGUAAGGACGUGCGAAAGAGCCAGCUCGAGGCCACCAUCCAAGCUCGCAACCAGAUCCGUCUUCAACAGCAGGCGGCUCAGGCCGGUAUGCCCGGUCAGUAUCUUCAGCCCGCUGUUUUCUACGGCCAGCCCGGUUUCAUGCACCAGGGCGGUCGCGGAAUGCCUUUCCCCCAGCCCGGCAUGGGUAUGCCUGCCAUGCAGCCCGGUAGGCCCGGUCAAUUCCCCGGCGGCUACCCUCCUCAGGGCGGCCGUGGAAUCCCCGGCCAGAUUCCCCCCAAUAUGUUCGGCAUCCCUGGCCAGUUCCCUCCUGGUGCGGCGCCCUACCCCCAGGCCAAUAACCCUCAGUUCCUCGCCGCCAUUCAGCAAGCUCAGCAGCAGGCCGCCGCCGGCAUUCAGGGCGGUCGUGGCGCCGUUCCUCCCGGCCGUGGCCCCAUUCAGGGUAUGCCUCCCAACAUGGCUGGCAUUCCUGCCGGUCCUGGCAUGCCUGGCUACCCUCCUAACGCCCGCCCUCAGGGCAACUUGGGCCGCGGUGGUGCUCCUCGCAACGGCCAGGGCGGCAACUUCGCCCAGGGUGGUCGUGGCCAGACUCCUGUCGCCGGUGCCGAGGGUGCGGGCAGCGCGUCCCUCCUCCAGCAGCAGCUUGCGGCCGCCGGUGGCCCGGCCCAGCAGAAGCAGAUGCUUGGUGAACUGAUCUUCCCCAAGAUUCAGGUUAUGCAACCCGAGCUUGCUGGUAAGAUUACCGGUAUGCUUCUCGAGAUGGACAACGCGGAGCUCAUCAACCUCAUUGAUGAUACCGAUGCCUUGAAGCUCAAGGUCGACGAGGCUCUCACUGUCUACGAUGAGUACGUUAAACAGCAACAGACGGCGGGCGGUGCUGAGGGUGAGGGCGAGAAGAAGGAGGAGGAGAAGAAGACUGAGUCUUAA